CGGACGGGGGUUUGGAGGCGGCGGCGAAGUGAGUCAGUCUGAGGGGAGCGACGUCGAGACAAGAUGGCGGCGAUAAUGGCGGCCGCGGGAGGAGCAGCAGCGCUGGCGGCGGUAGGGCCCGGCCUCGCCGGUUCAGCGAUGGCGUCGUCCUCGUCCUCGUCGUCUUCCUCCGGCGGCUACUGCCCGCCAGCCCUCCCUCCUCCGGCUCUCCCCCCGCCUCCCGGCGCGGUCCGCAUCGGCGACCGGCUGUACUCGGGGGUCCUCAUCACGCUGGAGAACUGCCUCCUGUCGGCCGACGCCCUCCGCUUCACGCCUUCCAUGGGUAGCGGCCUGGACGCCGAGACCGAGGCUCAGCUCCGAGUCACCGGCUGUGAGCUCAUCCAGGCCGCUGGGAUCCUGUUGCGGCUUCCUCAGGUGGCCAUGGCUACGGGGCAGGUGUUAUUCCAGCGUUUCUUUUAUACAAAAUCAUUUGUGAAGCAUUCCAUGGAGCAUGUGUCGAUGGCCUGUGUUCACUUGGCAUCGAAAAUUGAAGAAGCCCCAAGGCGGAUAAGAGAUGUCAUUAAUGUGUUCCAUAGACUUCGGUAUCUGAGAGAGAAAAAGAAGCCUGUACCUUUGAUAUUGGAUCAAGAGUACGUUAACUUGAAGAACCAAAUUAUAAAGGCUGAGAGGAGAGUUCUGAAGGAGUUAGGAUUUUGCGUACACGUGAAGCAUCCCCACAAGAUAAUCGUUAUGUACCUUCAGGUAUUAGAAUGUGAACGUAACCAACACCUGGUCCAGACCUCAUGGAACUACAUGAAUGACAGCCUGCGGACAGAUGUCUUUGUAAGGUUCCACCCUGAGAGCAUUGCUUGCGCCUGCAUCUACCUUGCUGCUAGGACCCUGGAGAUUCCACUUCCAAACCGCCCUCACUGGUUCCUGCUGUUUGGAGCUACGGAAGAGGAAAUCCAGGAGAUAUGCACAAAAAUUUUGCAAUUAUACACACGUAAAAAGGUUGAUCUAGCUAUCCUGGAAAGCCGAGUAGAGAAGAAAAAGCUCGCCAUCGAAGAGGCAAAAGCGCAAGCCAAAGGCCUCUUACCAGACGGAACACCCAAUUUGGAUACUGUUUCAGGGUUUUCUCCUGCUCCCAAAACUGAGUCUCCAAAAGAAAAUAAAGGCACCAAGCCUUCCCCACUUGCUGUGCAGGUGGUAAAAAAUGCCAAGCGGAAAAUGGAAGGGACGAAGCGGGUGAAAUCCAACAGUCCCGUCAAUGGCGUUCAGAAAGGCCGAGACAGCAGGAGUCGGAGCGGAAGCAGAGACCAGAGUUACUCCAGGUCUCCCUCAAGGUCACCAUCUCCAAAGCAGAGGAAAAGUGAAAGCUAUUCCCCAUCGAGCGGCUCCAAAUCCCACAGCCGCUCAAGGAGCCGAAGUGACUCUCCCCCGCGGCAGUUCAACCAUGGCAGCUCGAGCUACAAAGCCUCCAAGAUGAGGAGCUACAAGAAGGCCAAGGGGUACAAAUACACCUCUCCCAAGCAACGGAAAUCCCGCAGCAGGAGCUCAUCGCGAUCCCGGAGCCGCUCACGAGAACGCUCGGAUCACUCCGGGAAGUACAAGAAGAAGAGCCACUACUACAGGGAUCAGAGGCCCGAACGGCCCCACUCCUAUGAGAGGCCGGGCCACCGCUACGAGAGGGAGCAUCCAGGCCACAGCCGGCAUCGCAGAUGAGCAGCACCAGAGAACAGCCAACGCGAGCUCUUGCUCUGUCUUCCAGGGGCUCACAGACUUAAAACUCUUGGUGCCUGCUUGGUGCAAGGAAGGAUAGUUAGAAGGACUUAAUUGUGACAUGUCCCAUUUACUAUGGUUGGGGUUUUUUUUUGGAAGGGCGGGUAUCUUUUGAGUCUCCUCAUAGUGUGGGAGAGCCUCCCUCUCUUCCUGGAUCAUCUGUCUGCUCGACAGGCGAUGCUCCUUUGCUGCUACAGAAGCAGGACUGUUUCCAAAUAAUAUUGGACUCUGUGGAGAGAAUUGCCUUAUGAGGCUGGUCAGAGUGUUCAAACAUUGCCCUUCCCAGCCCCAAAGGAUUUUGGACACUCGACCAUACAGCAUUGCUUGGUGCUAACAGCAGUCCUUGUUCGUUUAUUUCGCAGUGGACUUGAUUGCGUUGUAGAACACAAGGUGGUUUUUUGUUUUUUAAAAUCAAUGCCUAUAUUAGGCGGCCUUUUUGUGUGUGUAUAUAUCUGGUGUUGGAACAGUAAGGACAGAGAAAGGCCUUAACCUGUUAAAUUUCACCCACAAAGUGCAAAUGCAUUGAAUUAAACUGGGGGUGGGUGGGCUUUGUAACCUGCAUACUGAAUAUUGAGAAAUUCGAAUUCCUCAACUAAAGACUUCUCCUCACCCCCUUCUUUCUUUUUGCAUAAAGAACUCUGUGGAAAUGUGAAAGUAUUUAGAUUCAGUGUGUUGGAAGUGGUCUAUUUUUUUAAAAAGUGGUGAAAUGCCUGGUGCUGGCCACCAGCUCAGGACUUCGGAUGCUUUCAUAUAAUAUAACGUUUUAUGUGGUUUAGAUAAACUCUCUACUCAGGAUCUUUAAAAACUCUUGAAGAACUGAUAGUUUGCCCUCCCGUUGCUUGCUUAUAAGAAGGUGUUUAUAUUAAGAGAGAAAUUGUAUGCAGUGCAGGAAUAUCCGUUUUAGUGGUAUAUCUGAGCUGUCUUCCUGUUCCCAGAUUUUCAUUAAAGUAUUUGAUUUUAUAUUUAAAAA